AAAGGGGCAUUGAGCGCUUCUUUAUAUUUGUUGGGCAGAGGUUGGAAGUGUUUGGUAUUGGUGUUUCGGCUACAGUUUUCAGCGCUUGGAAUACAUACUGUAUACAGAAACUGUUGGAGCUCUACACUUCAUUGCGUUGUGCUGACUGAGUGAAACCGUAAAAGGAGAUACAACCCAAUAGAUAGGGGGAAUGGCAGACCGCAUGAUGGCUAUGAACCACGGACGAUUCCCCGACUCAGCAAACGGCAUUCACCAUCACCACCCAGCACACAGGAUGGGAAUGGGACAGUAUUCGAAUCCUCAUCUCCACCACCAACAGCAGCAGCAGCCACAGCACGCAUACAACGGGUUAAUGGGCGAUCAUUUACACUACGGAGGGGGAAAUAUGAACUCAAACAACGGGGUAAGGCAUGCAAUGGCGCUAGGGAAUGUGAAUGUAAAUGGGGGUCAUCCUAACAACAACAUACCUCCCAACGCAAGAUACAAUACACAAUACGUGGGGCCUGCUGUCAAUAGCCAAGGGCAGCUAGCUGCUAGCAUGCAGCUACAGAAGCUCAACAACCAGUAUUAUACCCAUCACCAGCCUGCUCCUCACCAUCAUUACAUGCCGGACUUGCACCCUGCAGACCAUCAGAUGAACGGGCCAGGCCAGCAAUACAGAGACUGCAAUCCAAAACGGAGCACCUCAGGCUUGCCUCCUCCUGUUCACCACCAUGUGCCUGCAGCAAUGCUGCCCCCCAAUGUCAUAGACACGGAUUUUAUUGAUGAGGAAGUCUUGAUGUCUUUGGUUAUAGAAAUGGGUUUGGACAGAAUAAAAGAAUUACCAGAGCUCUGGUUGGGACAAAACGAGUUUGAUUUCAUGACAGACUUUGUUUGCAAACAGCAGCCCAGCAGAGUGAGUUGUUAAUCUCACCAACAGGACUUGUUUUGUUGUUUUUAAAUACAGUACAAAAAAAGCAUUCCUUGACGGCUACAGUAUCUCUUUUCUUAAUGGCAUUGACUUGGCAGAAAUUGUGCAGUUUGGUCAAAAUAAUGUUUGUCAGACCAGUGUUAAUUAAAAAAAAAAAAAAAACUCAAAUGUGUUCUUGGGUGAUAAUUAAAUUGGUUCAUAGGUCUGGGUAACUAAGCACUACCCCCCAAGUGAAAGUCUGACUAUUAUUAUUAUUAGAGGCUUUUAUCCAAAGUGACUUACAGAGACUAGGGAGUGAACUAUGCAUCAACAACUGCUGCUGAAGAGUCACUUACAAUAGGACCUCAGUUUUACAUCUCAUAGGAAGGAUAGAGCAAGAGGAGGUUAAAUGGCUUGCUCAGGGUCACACACAGUAAGUCAGUGGCUGAGCUGGGAUUGAACUGGUAACCUCCUGGUAACAAGCCCCUUUCUUUAACCACUGGACCACACCAAGCUUCCUUUGCUGUGCUAGAAACAGAUAUUUAAUUUUCUGCAUUCUUCUGGAAUUUAUUUUGUAAUAAAGAUGUUAAGAAAAUAAUAUAAAUGAAGCAUAUUUAAAAUUAUGUAGAUGGAUAGACAUGCUUUUUAGGGAAGUACUGUGUAAUUGUUAAAGACAAUAAUACACAGUAAAAUGUAUUGGCCAUAUAUUUCAGAUAGUUGUGCUGUUAAAUUGUUAUCUGUCUAAUUACCAAGGAAGAAAACUAUAAAAUGUGUUACACAUGAGCGCUUUGGUGCCAACUGUCUGAAAUGUAUUUCGUCUUUUUAUUGUGUUUUUCUUUUUUUCUUAAUAUACCACUGUAUAUGCCAGCAAUGGAAGCAAACUGUCAAUUUGCUUUAUGGUUGAUCUUGUAUUCCCUAAAGGAUUAUUGUGUCUUUAAACAUAUGCUAGGCAAACCUGGUCAGGCCAAGGAAAGGGAUACUGUUUCUAGAAAAUCUGCUGCCACCCUUCCCCCACCAUCCUUUUAUGUAUAGUCAAUAAAACAGUGUGGAAUGUUGAGAAGUUAGUGGCAUACAUUUCACUAAGGUUUUUUUUUUUAUUUUAUUUUUUUUCAGUUUCCAGAAUUUCCACCACUGUGCUAAAUAUAGUUUACGCAAUACAUGGCAAUACUACUGUGUUGAAGCUUUCUAGGAAAGUAUUUUUGUAAUUUUUAUUUAGAAAAGAAAAUGUUAAUUUAUUAUAUUUUAAUUUGCGGACAUGAAUAAAAGCUAAACAUGUA